AGUUUUAUGGGAAGGAAACCGAUGGAGUUCGGAGCCGUGGCGGUUGAGCUGCUGCAGCUGCCCGCAUCUGAGCGAAUCUUUUGGUGGUCGUCGGCCUAAUGAGCGGACGGCAAAGAACGCUUUUCCAGACGUGGGGCUCAAGUGUCUCUCGAUCUGCUGGGGCACGGGGUUGCGGCUCUGGAACUGAGCGGCCGCAGAGCCCUGGCAGCUCCAAAGCGGGUUUGCCUGCAGCGGCGGAGGCUCAGGCGGAGUCGGACGAUGAUGUGUUGCUGGUCGCGGUGUACGAGGCUGAACGGCAACUGGGACUCGAGAAUGGCGGGUUCUGCACCUCAGCGGGCGCCCUGUGGAUUUACCCGACCAAUUGCCCAGUGCGGGACUACCAAUUGCACAUCUCCCGGACCGCUUUGUUCUGCAACACGCUGGUGUGUCUGCCAACCGGGCUGGGAAAGACCUUUAUUGCCGCCGUGGUGAUGUACAAUUUCUACCGCUGGUUCCCUUCCGGCAAGGUGGUCUUUAUGGCCCCCACGAAACCCUUGGUGACACAGCAGAUCGAGGCUUGCUACCAGGUGAUGGGUAUCCCGCAGUCCCACAUGGCCGAAAUGACAGGGUCUACUCAAGUUUUCACCAGGAAGGAAAUAUGGUGCAGGAAGAGAGUUCUUUUUCUUACACCUCAGGUCAUGGUAAAUGACCUUUCUAGAGGAGCUUGUCCCGCUGCUGAAAUAAAGUGUCUAGUUAUUGAUGAAGCUCAUAAAGCUCUUGGAAACUAUGCUUAUUGCCAGGUUGUAAGGGAACUAGUCAAAUAUACAAAUCACUUUAGAAUCUUGGCUCUUAGUGCCACGCCAGGCAGUGAUAUAAAGGCUGUGCAACAGGUUAUUACUAACCUACUAAUUGGGCAGAUAGAGCUUCGUUCUGAAGAUUCUCUGGAUAUUUUGCCAUACUCUCAUGAAAGACAAGUUGAAAAGCUUGUUGUUCCCCUUGGUGAAGAACUCACAGCCAUCCAGAAGACAUAUAUCCAGAUUUUGGAAGCAUUUUCCAGUUCUUUGAUUCAAAGAAAUGUUUUGAUGAAAAGGGAUAUCCCCAAUCUAACAAAGUACCAGCUAAUUCUGGCAAGAGAUCAGUUUAGGAAAAACCCAUCUCCAAAUAUUGUGGGAAUACACCAAGGCAUAAUCGAAGGAGAGUUUGCUAUUUGUAUUAGUUUAUAUCAUGGUUAUGAGUUAUUGCAGCAGAUGGGAAUGAGAUCAUUAUAUUUCUUCCUUUGUGGAAUUAUGAAUGGAACUAAAGGAAUGACACGGGCAAAACAUGAACUUAGCCGAAAUGAGGACUUCAUGAAACUCUAUAGUCAUCUAGAAUGCAUGUUUGCACAUUCACGUAGUAUUUCAGCAGGUGGUAUUCCUGCUAUCCAAAAAGGAGAUAAACAUAAAAAAUUCUUUUAUAGUCAUCCAAAGUUAAAGAAAUUAGAAGAAGUGGUAGUUGAACAUUUCAAGUCAUGGAAUGCUCAAAACACCUCUAAAAAGAAAUGUGAUGAGACCAGAGUUAUGAUCUUCUCUUCAUUUCGAGAUAGUGUUCAAGAAAUUGCAGAAAUGCUUUUACAGCAUCAGCCAAUUAUUAGAGCAAUGACUUUUGUUGGCCAUGCCUCAGGGAAGAGCAUGAAAGGUUUUACUCAGAAGGAGCAGCUGGAGGUAGUGAAACAGUUUCGUGAUGGUGGUUACAACACAUUGGUUUCUACCUGUGUUGGUGAAGAAGGUUUGGAUAUAGGAGAAGUUGAUCUUAUAAUAUGUUUUGAUGCCCAGAAGAGCCCAAUCCGUCUUGUACAACGAAUGGGUAGAACUGGCCGCAGACGUCAAGGCAGGAUUGUUGUUAUCCUUGCUGAAGGAAGAGAAGAACGUACUUAUAAUCAGAGUCAGUUCAACAAAAGAAACAUUUAUAGAGCUAUUUCAGGUAACAGACAGGUUCUUCAUUUUUACCAAGGAAGUCCACGAAUGGUUCCUGAUGGAAUCAAUCCAGAAUUACACAAAAUGUUCAUUACACAUGGUGUCUAUGAACCGGAGAAGCCUUCUUGGAUCUUGCAGCGAAAGUCAUCUAUCUUUUCCUGUAGGGAUGGAAUGAGACAAAGUAACUCAAGGAAAGAUUGGUUUUUAUCAGACGAAGAAUUUAAAUUAUGGAACAGACUGUAUAGAUUAAGAAACAAUGAUAAAAUUAAGGAGAUACUAUUGCCUCAAGUUCAGUUUCCAUCUUUACUAAAUGAAGAAAACACACCAACUCAAGAACCAAUGACUGGAGUCCAUCAACUCUCUCUCUCUGAGUGGAGAUUGUGGCAAGAUCAUCCUUUUCCUACACAUCAAGUUGACCACUCUGAUCGAUGCCACCAUUUUAUAAGCAUUAUGCAAAUGAUAGAAGGAAUGAGACACGAAGAGGGAGAAUGCAGCUAUGAAUUGGAAAUUAAAUCUUAUUUACAAAUGGAAGAUGUUAGAUCAACACUUGGUGCUCCCAGGAACAGAUAUAAUAAUCUUGCCAAUGACACUUUUACUACUCACAAGAAAUCUUCAUUUGAAAAGAAUAUAAAUAAAGACAAUUCACUCUCAAUGACAGAAUCUGAUGAAGAAUGUGAUGAAGUUUUUAAACAAACUCAUAUCAAACAUACUAAAAUUGUUUCUCUGAAGAAAAAAGCAUCUAAAGAAAUGAAAAAAGAUCAGUCGAAAAAAGAAAAUAAUGAUUCUUUAGAUACAGACAGAAAUUCUACUGUGGAAAAUAUUUUUCAGGUAGACCUACCAAAUGAUAAAAGGACAUCAGAUACAGGUGAAGUUGCUGCCACAUGUACUAUUAAAGAAAAUGUUGUUGAUCAGCCAUGUGUAUUAUUAACAGAAUGUCAAUUUGCAAAUAAAUCUACUAGUUCAUUUGCUGGAAAUUUUUUAGACUCUGGUUAUAACAGUUUCAGUGAUGAAAAAUCUGUUUCAUCUAAUUUGUUUCUCCCAUUUGAGGAAGAGCUUUAUAAAACUAAAACAGAUGACCAAUUUUAUAAUUGUCACUCAUUGACAAAAGAGACAUUAGUUAAUGUAGAGAGAUUUUUAUCUCAUUCUCCACCUUCUCUCAGUGGACUCUCAGACUUGGAAUAUGAAAUUGCUAAGGAUUCAACACUUGAGAAUUUGCUUUUCCUACCCUACGCAGAGCAUUUACAAAAUGUUAAAUCCACCUGUUUGAUGUCACAUUCAGCUGUGAAUUCUCAACAGAAUUUAGAAUCGAAUUCACUUAAACUUAUUAAUGAUCCUUUUGAAAAAAGUUGCCUUUAUGGUGCAAUUAAUGAUAAGAUUUCUGAUGAGCCAAGCUUCUGUGACUGUGAUGGUAAAGUACAUAAAGUUACUCAAAAUGAAAACUUAGAACCUGAAGAUCAUGUUCAAGUAUGCAUAUACCCUGUGAAGAAUUUAGUUGAAGAAAAGAGUCAUAAUGUUGAUAACAAUGACCUUGAAGUAUUGUUCACGGAUCAGAAUGAGAGUUUACUAUUAUUUGAAGAUGUUAAUACAGAGUUUAAUGAUGUGAGCCUUUCUCCCUUGAAUAAUAAAUGUAAAUCUUUAUGUGUGUCAGACAAAACUGCUGUAAGUGAAAUGACUGUGGUCUCUCAGUUCUUAAUUUCUGAUGAACUUUUGUUAGACAAUAAUUCUGAGCCCCAAGAUCACAUCAUCUGUGAUAGUAAUAGUCAGAAAUCUCAUGAAGAUUUGAGAGGUGUACGUGAGGAAAAACUGACGAGUGAUGAAUAUGUUUUUGAUUGCUCUGGGGAUUUAUUUUCUGUUACCUUUGAUUUAGGAUUUUGUAGUCAGGAUUCUGAUGAUGAAAUGUUAGAACAUGCAUCAGAGACAAAUAACAAUAGACUUCUAGAUGAUCUAUCUGGAAGGUAUUUAGGUAUUAAGGAAAUAAGUGAUGCCAAGUAUGUUUCAUAUCAAACAGCAAUACCAGAAGAUCAUGUUGAAAAUUUUAUGAGUGAAAUCAUUAUCCCAUCAAGUAAAGAUAUGCAGAGCCCAAAUUUUCCUCGUUUUCCACUGAGUACAGCAAAAAGUAAAGAAUUUACAUCUCCUGGUUAUUCUCAGUUUUCUUUGCCAGUAGUAAAAAAAGUUAUGAGUACACCACUUUCUGAAUUAAACAUACUGAACUCAUUUUCUAAGAUGAGAGAGGAAAUGCCUAAGACUCCAGAUUCUAAUAAGGAGAAAGUAAAUCUACAGAGUUUCAAAGAAACAUUGAAUUCAACUUUUGAUGAUUCAGGAUUUUCUCUAGAAAAGGCUAAAAGCAGUAAUCAAAUCCAUCUGCAUCAAUCCUGUCAUUCUGCUGAAGAUGAACAAUUAUUAGCAAGUAAUGAAAGUGAAGAUGAUGAGAUUUUCCGAAGAAAACAUAAAAAACCGAAAGGAAAUGUUUUAAAAUCCCCUGAGGAUCAGAAAAAUAGUGAAGUUGAUUCUCCACUUCAUCCUGUCAAAAAGCGCAGGGUUCCUAUAAACAGAUCAGAAUUAUCAUCUAGUGAUGAAAGUGAGAAUUUUCACAAACCAAAUCCUCAAUUAGAAGACUUCAAGAGUUGUAACAAGAAUUCCAGAGAAGGCAUCAGAGUCAAAAAGAGACGGAGUCACCUAAGGCAUGUAGCUAGGAAGUUUUUAGAUGAUGAAGCAGAACUUUCCAAAGAAGAUGCAGAAUGUGUUUCAUCAGAUGAAAAUGAUAAGUCAGAAAAUGAACAAGAUUCCUCAUUACUUGACUUCUUAAAUGAUGAGACUCAACCUUCCCAGGCUAUAAAUGAUUCUGAAAUGAGAGCUAUUUACAUGAAAUCUGUGCAUAGUCCAUUGAUGAGCAAUAAGUACAAAAUGGUCCAAAAGAAACAUGACAACAUAAACAUUUUUUCACAGAUUCCCGAACAAGAUGAAAACUAUUUAGAGGACAGUUUUUGUGUUGAUGAAGAAGAGUCUUGCAAAAGCCAAUCAAGUGAUGAAGUUUGUGUUGAUUUUAACUUAAUAACUGAAGACUGCUUUGAAAAUGGGAGUAAAAAAUAUAAAACCCGACGUGCAGUAAUGCUAAAGCAAAUGAAGAUGAAACAAAAUUGUGCACAUUCAAAAACGAAAUUUUCCAGAAUUAUUUUACCAGAUGAUUCAAGUGAGGAGGAUGACAAUGUGAAUGAUGAAGAAGAUUCCAAUAUUGGGGUUAACCCAAGCACUGUUAACAAGAACAAACAACAGGACCGUUAUUUGAACUUAAUGCCUUCUGUGUCUUCAUUGCAGCCAAAGGUUCGAUGUAAUCCAAUAGAUAAUCGAUCACCAAAGCAGAGACAACAGACACAAUUUAAUUUAAAGAAUAUGAUUUCUGAAGUCUCAGGCUUCACACCUCAGAGCCAUAAUAAAGUUGAAACUACCCUACCACCACUAACUACUUUUGAUUCACAGAAAGACUGUAGAAAAUUUCCAGUGCAGUUGAAGGUUGGUAGUGCUCUGAAGGAUUCUAGCAUUUCAGGGGCAUACUGUUCCAAUUCACGACCACAUUUGGCUGAGAUGCAUACUUCUCUCAGACUUCCGCAGGAAGGAAAAAGAACCUAUGUCCUUGUAGGUAGUCGUGAAAUUGCUUCUGGUUUAGAAGUAAUUUCUUCCCUAAGAACAAUUCAUGGGUUACAAGUAGAGGUUUGUCCUCUUAAUGGCUGUGAUUACAUAGUGAGUAACCGCAUGGUGGUGGAAAGGAGGUCUCAGUCUGACAUGUUAAAUAGUAUCAAUAAGAACAAGCUCAUUGAGCAGAUCCAGCACCUGCAGAACAUGUUUGAAAGAAUAUGUGUGAUUGUGGAAAAGGACAGAGAAAAAACAGGAGACACAUCAAAGAUGUUCAGGAGAACAAAGAGCUACAACAGCCUGCUGACUACCUUAAUUGGCGCUGGGAUCCGAAUUCUUUUCAGUUCCUGCCAAGAAGAAACUGCAGAUUUGCUAAAGGACUUGUCUUUAGUGGAACAAAGAAAGAAUGUUGGUAUUCAUGUUCCAAUAGUGGAGAAUAGUAGUAAAUGUGAGGCACUUCAGUUUUAUUUAAGUAUUCCCAAUGUAAGUUAUAUAACUGCAUUAAAUAUGUGUCAUCAGUUUUCAUCUGUGAAAAAGAUGGCUAACAGCUCACUUCAAGAAAUCUCCAUGUAUGCACAAGUAACUAUUCAAAAGGCUAAGGAGAUCUAUAAAUACAUUCAUUAUGUAUUUGACAUGGAAAUGUUACCACAUGAGCUUAACCAAGAUAGACUGAAAUCUGAUGCAUGAUCAGACUACUCAAGAUGAACUUACCAGAGAACUCUCAUAAUACUAAAUGCACUUGAAUAAUCGUUGCUGUGGUUUGUGAUUAUCGGUUUAAAAUUUGUAAAUAAGAGAAUAUCACUUAUUUUAUACUGAGUACAUUCUUAUAUAGGUUAUGAAAAUUAUUAAAAAAGAACCUCUGUUCAAUAUCAUUUUGACUAGAUUAUGAAAUUUUAUUGAAUAAAACAAGGUUUAUUAAAACUUAUGUUGAAGGUUAAGAAAAUAAAAAGUUACAGAUAUAUUUUGGAA